UGGCUUCAGGAGAGAGUUGCCAGUUUUCCCCGUCAGUGUCGGUGUGAGUUAGCUUCAGCGGAGCUCAACACUGCGGGCUGGCCGGGAUCAGGGCGCCUCAGCCGGGGGAGGUUCUGAGAGGCUGCCGGGCAGUGUUAGCUGGGUGUUAGCGGGUGUGGGGAGUUGUAGUAAAGCUCUAGCGGGGGUUGUUUAGUGUCGGGUCAGUAUGGUGGAGGUGUUCACAGGCAGAACUCUCCUGAAUAAAGAGGGAGAGUUUAUAGACCCGGAGGAAGCGCUGCGGAAUAAGGUGGUGGGGCUGUACUUCUCCGCGGGAUGGUGCCCGCCCUGCCGCGACUUCACUCCGGUGCUCUGCGACUUCUACACCGAGCUGGUGGAGGAGAGCGAGCCGCCCGCGCAGUUCGAGAUCGUGUUCAUCUCCUCCGAUAAAUCCACAGAGGACAUGGUGGAGUAUUACCACGACCUGCACGGAGACUGGCUGGCCCUGCCCUGGACUGACCCCUACAAACACGAGCUGAAGAAGAAGUAUAACAUCACUGCCGUCCCAAAGCUGGUGAUCGUGAAGGAGAACGGACAGGUGAUCACUGAUAAAGGGCGCAAGCAGAUCCGGGACAGGGGGCUGGCCUGCUUCAGGACCUGGCUGGAAGUGGCCGAAAUCUUCCAGAACUUUAAGUGCUGAAGAUCGGCGAGAGUUUGAGAUUUAUACGCUCGAGAGCCGCCGAUCCAAAGAAACGAAGGGCUACCGAACAAACUGUGAAUUCUGCAUCAGGCACUUUGUGAGGGAGUGAAUUUAGAAUGUAGAAUUUUAUUUAAGAAGGCCUUUUAUUAUGAAGAGUAGGGGUGGGCGAUACGACACUAAAAUAAUAUCAUGAUAUUAAAUUUCUUUUUUGAUACAAUAUUCUUGGCGAUAUGACAAAACAUUAAAUAAAAAAAAUAUAUAUAUUAUUUUAAGGAUACACUACUGCAACACAAUGAAUAUAAAAGUUGACUUGAAAAUAAUAUAAUACCAUAUUAUAUAAAAUAGGGCACAGCUCGAAUUGAGAUUUUUUUUUACAACUAAAGGACUAAAGUAAAAUAAAUGAUACAGGACAGAUAUAACUUAUUAUCUGUCUGUAGUAAUUAUUAUUAUAAUGGUUAAUGAGAACAGUGUGAAUUUUCAUUUUCCUUUUUCUAAUACCAGCAAAAAAAGUUGAACCCUGAUAUAAAAUAAAUAUGAUAAAAUAAUAUUUCAGGGUAUUUUGUGAUAUUUUUGCAUGCUAUAGGAUAUUGUACACCCCUUAUUAUAAAAAAGGCCUGUGAAUAUUACAUUUUAACUCAUUUAAUUUUACAUUAUUCUUAACAAAGUUUCAGUAAUUUUUUACUCUUUGUACGGCUGCUUUUGUAUUAGUGUGUAUUUUUCUGUACUUUAGGACACUUUAGGAUUGAUGUGCUGCUGAGUUAGCCGAGGACGAGCUCACUGUUACUUGGGGGAUUUGCUGCUGCUGCUGUUGUUUUUAUGUGUAGCAUUGUCAUGGUGCUACUGAGUCAUUUGGGCUCCCCAGCGUUUCAUUAAAGCUCUGUGAUUUA